AUGCGCGGCUUGGUAGUCGCCCUCUUAGCGGUGCAGUGCGCCCAGGUACUUGGCCACCCUCAUGCCGCCGCAAACACAGAAUGGGUUCCCGCUAAGACUACAACUACUCUGAGCCCAACGCCAAUGUCAGAAGCUGGCAAAACUGGCAGGAACCAUGAGAAACGCGGAUAUGGCGAAAUUCUCAUGGCCAGAGCCACCACUGACACAACCGAUUCCUCUACUUCCACAACUGAGAGCACAACGUCGACCACAAGCACAUCAGACACCACCACCACCACCUCAAGCGAGUCCACUUCCACUUCAACAUCCUCAUCGACAUCCUCUACAUCCUCGAUCACUACUUCCUCGACUACCACUUCGUCAACCACCUCUUCUACGAGUUCGACUACUUCAAGCACUUCGACAUCAAGCAGCUCAACGACCAGCACAUCUUCAACAACAACUAGCACUGCAACUGCAACUAGCACCGAGAGUGCCGCCUUGAAGGCGUGGAAUCACAAGGGAAACAUUGCAGCAAUCAUAUUCGGCUGCUGUCUCAUCUCGCUAUUCUCGGGCCUCACCAUCCUUCACUGUGCACGCAAUAGGGCGAGGUCACGACGCAUUGCAGCACGAGAGCUGUUGGAAUCCAGCGCUUCCACCUCGGCCCUUCUCCCUGCAACCUCAAAAGGAGUCUCCACUCCUGAUGUCAACAGUGUUCGAUCCUCGAUGAUGUUCACCAACCAGCCACAAACAGGCUACUUCCCUUCCACACAGAGUGUACAUUCGGCGUCCAACUAUCACAGCCACGCCCAUUCAACAACGUCAGAGACCACUGCGGAACACGUCUCUACAGGGGAGCCAACAUCGCGACCGCACACUAGUGACGCGAAUACGCCUUUGGUUUGA